CCCGUAAUUUGUAUUGGCUUAAAAUUUAUAUCACUGCUUUUUUAUAUAAAUGUAAAAUAGAGAACUUCUCUGUUAACAAUGACAGUAUUUUGACAUUUAAAAGUGAGGUUAGAUGGUUCGUAAAUAAACUUGGCAUUGUUUUCGUGAGUAGAAAAAUGAGUAGACAACAUUGGGGCGAAAUAAAAGAAGAAAAUGAGGAUAAAGAAAAACAGAAUAAAUAUGUCCCAGACGUAAUGCCUGAUAUUGAGCGGUCAAUGAACAAUUUUAGCUUAAAUGAGUUUGAAGAUGAUUACCCGGCGAAAAAUGAGAAUAUAAUUUUGGCCCCUAUGGACCCCCUUAUGUUAUAUGGAAUCUCUUUGCACAAAUAUGCAAAUGACAUGAUUGAAAUGAUUCGUGUGGCAGAAUUGGCUACGGAAGUUAAUUUAAUCCCCCCUGAAGAUGCAGCGCCACCUAUACCGCCUACACCUGAACUAAAAGUGACACAUCAAAGAAACAAUUUGAAUUAUAUUGAGAAGGAAUACACGCCUUUUUCGCGGGGUGAGGAUGUUGAAAGUCCAGAUUUAAGUGAAACGGUUGUAAAACAAAUUUUACAAAAAUGUAUUGUCACUAUUUUUGCCCAUGUAGGGUUUGAAACAACUCACAAAAGCGUUUUGGACGUCUUAACGGACGUUUUGGAAGAAUUCCUUAAAAAAAUUUGCUUGAAUCUCAAAAAUGCCGCAGAAGAUGAAGAAACACAUGGAACAACUUUUCCUCACGCUAUUGAACGAGUACUUACGCAAAUGGGUUUAGGAGGCGUUUACGGGAUAAACGAUUUUUACCAGUGUCGCGUCAUUAAAUACAUCGACGUUUUACGAAAACGUUGCAUCGAUCUCAACGAUCAUUACGCGACGUUAUUGGUGCCGCAGAGCCCGCCAUCUAUCGACAAACUGUCAAAGGUGGUAAGAGUGAAAGUGGAGGAAGACGAUGACGUAAUGGAAGUGGAAAAUCCCGAGUUACAUUUUACGGCAAUUGAUGGCGAAUGUUCCACUUUAGAGUCUGGAUAUCAGUUGUUAAAUAGUUUGGAAGCUGUUUCAAAUUUGCAAAGUUUGGCCGAUACUGAAGAAGACUUGAGCAGCUCCUCGCCAGGUGUCGUUCCGAUAUUAAGUGAGAGCGAAAUGGCGCAGUUGCCAUUUAGCAAGAAGAAACGAUUUAAAUAAAUAAAACAAAGACUGAGUUAUUAU